AAGGUAAAGUUUUAACUAAAGCUGAAAAGCAAAAACUAGCUGGUGGUGCUGGUGGCAAGAAAGCCCAAAAGAAGAAGUAAAUCAUCAUUAUUAAAACCUAUUUUGCUGGCCCAGUAAAAAGAAAAACUUAAACAACAACACAACAAUAUAAAAUGGCUCGCAAACAUAAGGGUACCUUAGCUGUUAUUGAGCAAAUUUAUAGUGAUAUACCCUCCUUCACUGACAUCUUUACGGAGGAAUCAUUUUAUACAUUUGCAUUUUGUUUUGCUUGUGCCACCGUUUUGGUGGCAUUUGUUUUAUCUAGAUUUAUAACAAUUAAACCGGUAGAAAUUUAAAAUUUCUCUUUAAGUUUCUAAAUUAAGUUAAAAUUAAUAAUGAAAUUACAACCAAUUGUUUAUAAAAAUAAAAUUGUAUUUAUAAUGUAAAGAAAUUAA